AUGAUGGCAAAGAAAAGAAGUUUUGAAGUGGAAAAAGAGUCUUCGGAAACAUCAGAGGAGUCUAAAGAAAAUUUUAAGGUUUCUGGAUUAAUUGAUGCAGAAGACAGCGAUAGUGACAACGAAGAUAUAGUGAGCCAUGAAGAGGGAAUGGAAAAUAGUAUUCAUACUGCUGAUUCAGAUGAAGAUGAUGAUUCGGAGGAGGAAUUAAAUCGCCUUCUUGCGGAAGAAGAGGAAAAGGAAGAACAGAGCUCGGAAGAAGACAAUUCUUCCGCUGAAGACACGGACACUAUAACGGACAAACUUUCUGGAAUGAAACUUCGAACUCUUUCUAGUGGAUCGUUAAAUUCUAUGGGAGAGAGGAAAGGAAAAUGGGCAGAUGGCACACUUAGAUUAAUUAAACCUGAAAUAGAUCCGGUUUAUGAUUCUGACGAUUCUGACCGGGAGGACAUUAAUACGGUUGGAAACAUUCCGAUAUCUGUUUACGAUGAAUAUCCUCAUAUUGGUUAUGAUAUUAAUGGUAAGAGGAUCAUGAGACCAGCUAAAGGCUCGGCGUUGGAACAACUUUUAGAAAACAUAGAUAUACCGGAAGGUUGGACAGGAUUAUUGGACAAGAAUUCAGGAAAGACGCUCAACUUGACAGAGGAAGAGCUUAAUUUGAUUGGAAAAAUUGAGAAAAAUGAAAACACCGAUGACUCGGAAAGUCCAUAUGGACCUACAAUUAGGUGGUUUACGAGUGAACAGGAGGUUAUGCCAUUAAUGGCUACACCCGAGCCAAAAAGAAGGUUUGUUCCAUCCAAAAACGAGGCAAAAAGAAUUAUGAAAAUUGUCAAGGCAAUCAGAGAAGGCAGAAUUAUACCACCUGAAAAGAGAAGACAACUUCAGGAGGAAAACGAAAAGGAGGAACUGAAUUAUGAUUUGUGGGAUGGCACCGAUGACAAACUUACAGAGGAUCAUGUUAUGACUCUCAGAGCGCCCAAAUUACCACCACCGACGAAUGAAGAGAGUUAUAACCCACCUGAAGAGUAUCUACCUACCGAUGAAGAACGUAAUAAGUGGGAGCUAGCAGACUCAGAGGAUAGGGAGAAUAAUUAUCUUCCAACGAAGUACGACGCCCUUAGGAAAGUUCCAGGAUAUAGUGAGAGUAUUAGAGAACGCUUUGAGAGGUGCUUGGAUUUGUAUUUAGCCCCAAGACAAAGAAAAAACAAAUUGAAUAUCGACCCCGAAUCCUUAAUUCCAAAUUUACCGUCACCUAAAGACUUGAGACCUUUCCCAAUCCGUACGUCUACAAUUUAUAAGGGUCACAAUGGAGCUAUCAGGACUUUGUCAGUUGAUCCAUCUGGAAAUUGGCUUGCUACAGGUUCGGAUGAUGGAACAGUCAGAAUUUGGGAAAUUCUUACGGGAAGGGAAGUCUUCAAAACGGCUAUUAUUGAGGAUCCAGAAAACAAUGAGGAUCACAUAAGUGCGCUUGCAUGGAACCCUGCAAAAGAUGUUCGUAUUUUAGCUGUUGCAUGUGGUACAAAUAUUUACCUUGUGAUCCCUUCUAUAUUUGGUUAUGAUAUCGAAGAUCACAGCAGGUUGAAGAUAGAGAAUGGAUGGGGCUACGGAAAAAAUGGUAGCAAUACGACGAACCUUAAAAGCAUUGACAAUACAAAUGAGGAUGAUGGUGAAACUGAACAGGCUAAAUCAGAUGCCGCAACAUGGAAUAAACCAACUGGGUCACAGAAAUCACGGGAAAUAUCUUGCGUCAUAUCUACUAGAAGGAGUAAAGGUGAUUCAUCAAAGACCUGUGCCAUAACAAAGAUUUCUUGGCAUCAUCGUGGUGACUACUUUGUUUCUGUUUCGCCUGAAGGUGGCAAUAAAGCAUCAGUUUUGAUUCAUCAACUUUCUAGACACGUUUCACAGUCACCAUUCCGGAAGUCCAGGGGUAUCGUAAUGGAUGCACAGUUCCACCCAACGAAGCCAGAAUUAAUUGUGAUGUCUCAAAGGUAUAUUAGAAUCUAUGACCUUCAACAGCAGAAGCUGGUGAAGAAGCUUUUACCUGGGGCAAAAUGGCUUUCCUGUAUGGAUGUGCACCCAAGGGGAGGAGACCACAUUAUUGCCGGUUCCUUUGAUAAGAGGUUGCUAUGGCAUGAUUUGGAUUUGAGUAAUACACCUUACAAAACGUUGAGAUAUCACAAAAAAGCAAUUAGGGCUGUUGCGUUCCAUAAGGGAAGUAUGCCAUUAUUUUGUUCUGCAUCUGAUGACGGAACUAUUGAUGUCUUUCAUGCUACAUUGUAUGAUGACAUGAUGACAAAUCCUUUGCUUGUGCCAUUGAAAAAGCUUUCUGGACACAAAGUUGUUAACUCAUUGGGUGUGCUAUCUGUUUGUUGGCAUCCUAAAGAAGCUUGGCUCUUUUCAGCUGGUGCCGACUGCACUGCGCGCCUCUGGACAGAUUAA